ACGUAAAAAUUCGAGUUUCGAGGUGGUCACGCACAGAGUGUAGUGAUGUAGGAUAUUAUAAGAAAAAAAUACAAAAGAAAAAACAUAAAAGUUAAGAAAUCCCAACAAAUAACAUUUUUUUUAAAAUUAUAAACCAAAUAAAUGCCACUCAAAGCUUCAAAUGAAUUCUCAAAGCGUACAAAAAUGAAAUAAAUCAAACGCCUUAGUUUUUUCCAACCGCAAAUAACAACUUUCGCAAAUAUACAAAAUUGCAGCUGAUAGUAAACAAAACCACAGAUACGAACGAAUAUUGAUUUUUGUUAUAAAUACAUUUUUAUAUUUUAGAGAAAAAUCUAAUUUAAGAUGGUUUGUAGAGUUUAAAAAAAAGAAUUGAUGAAGUAAAAUCACUAAUCGGACAAAUGGUGCAGAAGAAAACUACUAUCCCAAUCCCAUAGAACGCACAAAACUCUCAAGGUUAUUGCGUCUCCUACUUGAGAGUAGUGACGCACGGUACGACACAACAAAAAGAAUUCCCAACAAAAUCUUAGAGCCCCUUUUUUUUAUUUUGAGAGGGGGAUUAUGAAAUAUUUGAAGAUUGAAGAUGGGCGGCUCAGUGAGUCAAGUGUUUAGGUCUGGAAGUGCUCUGCUGUCGCAUCGGGACGGGCAUAAAGUCUCAAAGGCCACCGAGGAGAAAAUUCAAACAAUCUUUGAGAUUCUUCGAGCUAAUCCGAAAAUUUCAAUUCAUACCCUCGAGAGUUUGCUCCUGCAGAUACCAAAAAAUGAGAACAUUUUGGUUAUCCAUGAUGAAUGCGGCUACAAUAUCCUGCAGCGUAGUGUGGGGCUUAACCAUAUUGAUCUGACAAAAUGGUUGUUACAUCGCCAUCGACCAGAUGUCAAUCGAUCACCUUGUUCACUUCCCUUGCACAUUGCUUGCCUAAAAGGCUACGAAGAAUGUGUGGAGCUAUUAUUGAAGCAUGGUGCAAGAAUAGAUACCGAUGCAAGGUUGUGCUUCCCCGGAACACACUCGCACAAUUGCGAGGAAAGUGGGAAAUAUCGGGGCAAUCAGGAAGAAGUUGGCGUUUGUGAGAGAUUUAGUACAAAAUUACAAAAUUCAAUUUGUUAUGCGAUCGAUGGCGAUCAGAUAAAUGUUUUAAACAUACUUUCACAGAAAAUGGAGGAUCCAUGGAUUCCUUUUCGAGUGAAGAAACCACUUUUGCAUUUAGCUUGUGAACGAGGAGCUUGGAAUUGCGUACAGCAAUUGGUCAUAACAAGAACAGAGGAAAUCAACUUAAUAAAGGAUGAAUAUUAUCCGAUUCAUCAAGCAGUAUUACAUGAGGGUAGAUUUCUGGAACUUUUGAUUCAACAUGGUGCUGUUACCACUGUGCGAACGUGUACACAGCAAAUGACGCUUUUGCAUGUUGUUAUUUUUGCUGCUCGAAAAUCAGCUGAAGACACUCUGAGUACCCUACGGAUACUUUUAGAACGUGGCUGCAAAGAGCUUAUAAACGAACCCGACUCAUUAGGCAAUACACCCCUGCAUGCGCUUAUUGUUCGUUAUGCACUUGAAGAAGCCAGGUAUGGUUACGACAAAUGGAGUAAAUGGGAUGUUCUUCAUUUGGUUAGAUUUUUACUACAAAAUGGUGCAAAAAGCUCCAUCAAUCAAGCUGGAAACAGUGCUCUGGCAUGUGUAUUCCGUCAUGUGCGAGAUUGGGAGGUUUGCUUUGAGCUUCUCAGUAUGUUAAUUAAAGAAGAUGGAGAUCCAAAUAUAGUAGGACGUGAUGGUUCUGUACCGAUUAUGGUUUGUUUGGUGCCGCUUAUUAACAAAGAUCAAUUACACCACUUUACUCACUCAAUGAAGGUCUGUUACUUAAAUUGUCUGCGAAUCCUCCUGCAACACGGAGCAAAUCCUAACUGUUCGUAUCGCUCAAAUCUCACCCCACUACAUGUGCUAGUUUUUACUGUAAGCGAGAAUUUUACCCUCAAUUGCGAUGUUCAAAAGCGAACAAAUUUUGACUUCAUUAAGAACAUCCUGCUGCUUUUGCUUCAACACGGUCUGGACUGCAAUCAAACGUAUCCACACAUUUUACAAGCAGUCAUGGAUAUGGUGCAAAAUGUUCGAACAUGUCCCGAUAUGCAGUGCAUCUAUGAACUAACCCUCGCUCUUAUUCAAUACGGUGCCGAUCCGAAUAUCGUGCUAAGUGGCAAAUCGACACCAGGUAGCACAAUUUUCUCCAAUGAAAUUGCUAAUUUUGGAGAAGGCCUAUGCCAUGCAAAUUCAUCUCCCGACGAUGUACCUGUGAGUUCGGCCAAUGGCGUUGGGGUCGCGGUCGGACCAACUGCUGGACCAUCACGCCAACACCUCGGUGAUCACUUUCGCAAUUCAUUCCGUACAAAUUCUAGAUUUAUACUUUUCUAUUAUAUAAUUCUCAUCACAAAAAAGGAAUUCAUCCUGAAUGAUCCUGAACUCACAUUCACGCGCAUAAUUCAUUUGUUCUUUCUGACAAUGCAGCAUGAACCGUUGUACAAUUGCCUCAAAUCGUUGCACAAUUUCUAUGUAGCUCAAGUACCUAGUAAAAAAACCGAACAACUUAUCUCUCUUAUAACGCAGCUCUAUCGGAAACCGAGGAGUUUGAAACAACUUUGUCGGGUGGCGAUAUACGAGGCGCUCAAUAAGAAAUUAGCACAAAAUAUAAACCGCCUUAAUUUACCAGGUCCUCUAAAGGAAUACGUUCUACAUUUUGACACAUAAUAUACAAAAGAGAGCUUGUCGCUUUAUCGGUCCGAACUUGAAGAGGUUAUAUAAAAUGUCUCUAAAAUGCAUACGUUAACCUACGCAAUAUAUAAAAUCUCUACAAUCGGAUCAAUCGGUGAAAAAUUAUGAUAUUAAUCGAUAAAACAAACAAAAAUAAAUAGUUUUAAUUCAAAUUCAAAAUACAAAAACGUUCGUUGCAUGCAGAGUUGAUCUACAUUUUGUAAAUAUAUUAUUAUUAACUAAAUAAAAACAAAAUCCCAGUAAAUAUAUACAAAUCAUGUGCUUAUUUUUAAUUGUCAAAAAAUUGUUAAUUUAAGAUUAAUUUGUUAGAAAUAAAGUUUAAAAAUCAUCAUCUACUUAUAAAUUGUAA